ACUUCCUCUUCCUUUCGUGUUCUCCCGCUCUCAGUGCAGUUCCUUGUGCAGUGGCUGGCCUUCACUAAGAUGUCAUCUGCGCUCCCUCUGCACUAAAACGCUACGGUUAUGUUGUGCUUAAGCUCCUGUUUGAACUCCCGUGAGAAAGAGAAAGGCUAAAGCUUGGUUUCAGCUGUUCCUUCCAAAUAUCCUGCAGCAUGAGUAACCUCCAGGCAUCUAACCAGCUAACUGAUCAUGUGACUGUACUCACUCACUAUACUAUGGGCAACCACUCCGGCCAGCCUGAUAUGAAAACCGCAGAGACUCCAGGUACACUGCAGUAGUGACAGGACCCUCACAUGCUCUGCAGCUCAUAUUAUUAAGAACAUUGGCGGCAGUAAACAGAGUUGGCACGGACGGUAUCGUUGCACUUGGGAUCAUCUCUCAAGCACCACUGCUUGUAAAACCAAACCAUGAGUGAGCCUGUACACACAGGUCAUGGGACACAGAUGGAGGAAGAGGAAGAUGAAGGAGACCUGAACAAGGCCUUGGGUGUUCAAAGAUUUCAACAGAUCCUCAGAACCAAUCCCAGGAUGCCCAGCGAGCAGCAACGCACCUACAGCGAGGAGGACUUUGAAUACCAUCGACAAUCCUCACACCACAUCCACCACGCUCUGUCCAAGCACCACAGUGACGGCAGGAGACAUCGAAGCGGAAAAAAGAGGAAGAAGACCAAGGAUCAGAAAGUGAGUCCUGGUGCCAGCGGGGAUGAGGAGGAAGAAGAGGAGGAAUCUGUAAGUCCUGCAGGUAGCACUGUCCCCAGGACAGAGCCUGAUGUCAAAGAAGGUGUACAGUUCUUUGUGUCGGACGACGACCGCCACCUUCCACUGUUUGAUGGCUCAGAGAGCUCCACUCCUGCCCAAGGUGUUCAGCUACCAAUCUCUUCUGGGGGCACUGAAGAUAUCUGUCAUGAUGAUGCUACUGAAGCCCCACCCCGUGGGUCCAUCUCACUCCCACACAGUUACGACCCACCAAAGCAUCAUCACACGGCCAACCUGACAGGCAUGGAGGGGGCCAAGUACCGGCGCAUCCCCAACGACGAGGCCGAGACACAAACCCUGGCCUCCGCUCAUCUGGAAGGCAUUAAAAGUCAUCGUCUUGAGGAUGUCCCAGGGGUACGGCGACACCUGGUCAGAAAAAGCAACAAAGCCCACGUAGUGCAUGUUAGUAAAGAUCACCAGGAACUCAGCACACGGAAUCGCAAACUAGAUCGGACACCACAUGAGGUGUUUGUGGAGUUGAAUGAAUUAAUCCUGGAUAAGAACCAAGAGUUGCAGUGGCGGGAGAGAGCCCGUUGGAUCAAAUUUGAAGAGGAUGUGGAGGAGGAGACCGAUCGCUGGGGUAAACCCCACGUGGCUUCACUCUCUUUUCGUAGCCUGCUGGAGCUCCGGAAGACCAUCUCGCACGGUGCAGUGCUAUUGGACCUGGACCAGAAGACUCUGCCUGGCAUUGCCCAUCAGGUGGUGGAGCAGAUGAUCAUCUCCGAUCAGAUCAAAGCAGAAGACAGGACCAAUGUCCUCCGGGCUCUGCUGCUCAAACACAGUCAUCCCAGUGAUGAGAAGGAGCACGCUUCCUUCCCGAGGAACAUUUCCGCAGUGAGUCUGGCUUCGCUGAUGGCUCAUCAUCCCCAUCACCACAGCAGCAGCAGCAACCACCUCUCCCAACCCGAGACGUCGGUCACCGAGCCACUCAUGGGCAGCCCCACUCCCAAGGCCGACACCAUUCUGCACACGGAGACGGAGAAAAAUGAGAAAGAGACUGCACCAGCUAGUGGCAUGCACAAAUCCAAAUCCAAACAUGAGCUAAAACUAUUGGAGAAGAUUCCAGAAAAUGCAGAGGCCACUGUUGUACUUGUGGGCAGUGUUGAUUUCCUGGAGCAGCCCACUAUGGCGUUUGUGCGUCUGCUGGAAGCCGUAGAGUUGGACUCGGUGUUGGAGGUGCCGGUUCCUGUGCGGUUUCUCUUUGUUCUGCUUGGACCCCCCAGCACCAGCAUGGACUACCACCAGAUUGGCCGGUCCAUAUCUACUCUUAUGUCCGACAAGUCCUUCCACGAGGCAGCUUAUCUGGCAGAUGAGCGGCAGGACCUGCUGAAUGCCAUUAACAGUUUUCUGGACUGUAGCAUUGUGUUGCCCCCCUCGGAGCUGGGUGGCGAGGAACUCCUGCGAUCCGUAGCUCACUUCCAGAGAGAGAUGCUCCGCAAAAGAGAGGAACAGGAGGUUGGCUUGAUGUCCAAGGAACCCAAGAGCACAGAGGAGAAAGAGGCUCUAUUGGCUCCCUUUAAACCUGACGAUGACCCACUGCAACGCACGGGUCGGCCCUUUGGUGGCCUGAUCCGGGACGUCCGACGUAGGUAUCCAAAGUACAUCAGCGACUUUAAGGAUGCUCUAGACCCCCAGUGCAUGGCAGCCAUCAUCUUUAUUUACUUUGCUGCUCUUUCGCCUGCAAUCACAUUUGGAGGGCUGCUCGGUGAGAAGACAGAGGGGCUAAUUGGUGUGUCGGAGCUGAUUGUGGCCACAUGUAUACAGGGAGUGCUCUUCUGCCUGUUGGGAGCUCAGCCACUGCUAGUGGUGGGCUUCUCUGGGCCUUUGCUAGUAUUUGAAGAAGCAUUCUUCUCUUUCUGCAAGAGUAACGAUCUGGAGUACCUCACGGGCCGGGUGUGGAUCGGAUUCUGGCUUGUAGUCAUUGUGGUGGUCAUGGUGGCGUUGGAGGGCAGCUUCCUGGUUCGAUUUGUGUCCCGUUUCACCCAGGAGAUUUUUUCCAUCCUAAUUUCCCUCAUUUUCAUCUAUGAGACUUUCUACAAACUAGCCAAGAUAUUUCAAGAGCAUCCCCUGCAGCGCUGCUCAUUUGUGAAUGGAUCAGUACUGCCGAAUGCGUCUGAAAGCUCCUCUGUGGAGAACCUCACCUGGAACCAGCUAGCAGAGAACAGCAGCUCACCAGGGACGGCUAAGGUGAUAGGAGAGCCAAACACAGCUCUCCUGUCGCUGGUGCUCAUGUCAGGGACAUUCUUCAUCGCUUUCUAUCUGCGAAAGUUCAAAAACAGUGCCUUCUUUCCUGGCAGACUGCGGAGGGUGAUUGGAGAUUUUGGAGUGCCCAUUGCCAUCCUAGUUAUGGUGCUGGUAGAUUACAGCAUCCAGGACACUUACACACAAAAGCUGAGUGUUCCACAUGGCUUCUCUGUGACGACCCCAGCAAAGCGAGGGUGGGUAGUGAACCCCCUGGGCUCUCAGACACAUUUCCCCAUCUGGAUGAUGGCUGCCAGCGCUCUGCCUGCACUUCUUGUAUUUAUACUCAUCUUCAUGGAGACACAGAUCACCACGCUGAUAGUGAGUAAGAAGGAACGGAUGUUGAUUAAGGGCUCUGGGUUCCACCUGGACCUGCUCCUGAUUGUCACCGUGGGAGGCAUUUGCGCUCUGUUCGGUCUUCCGUGGAUGGCUGCUGCCACCGUGCGCUCUGUGACCCACGUCAACGCUCUGACUGUGAUGAGCAAAGCUGUUGCUCCUGGAGACAAGCCUCGCAUCCAAGAGGUCAAAGAGCAAAGGGUGACUGGACUGCUGGUGGCAGUUCUUGUAGGUCUUUCCAUAGUGAUCGGAGAUCUCCUGCGACAGAUCCCUAUUGCAGUGCUCUUUGGGAUCUUCCUCUACAUGGGUGUGAUGUCCCUGAAUGGGAUCCAGUUAACCGAACGCAUCCAGCUGCUCCUCAUGCCUCCAAAAUACCACCCAGACCACAUUUACAUACGCAAGGUGCGGACCCUGCGCAUGCACCUGUUCACGGCCGUGCAGGUGGUGUGUCUGGCCACCCUGUGGGCUGUCAUGUCCACAGCAGCCUCACUAGCCUUUCCCUUCGUCCUCAUCCUUACUGUGCCGCUGAAGAUGUUCCUCCUCCCGCGCAUCUUUACCACACGCGAGAUGCAGUGUCUGGAUGCCGAUGACACAGAGCCCACCUUUGAUGAGAAGGAGGGACAAGAUGAGUACACAGAGAUGCACAUGCCGGUCUGACCUGUGCUGCUGCAACACAUCCCCCCUGCUGUCUAUCAUUCCUUUUAUCGCUGGUGAUGUAUUCAUAUUUAAGCCAUGAAUUUUCUAUUUUAUCGGUAUAUCUAUGGUGAUCAAUGAUCAGUUAACGGUGUGUGUGUUUGUGCUCAGAUCAGUAGCUUUGCCCACAGAGGUGUUUGAUGUUUGUAGGUUUCCUGUCUUGAAACUGUUUAUAAUCUCGACACGAAGUUCUUCCACUGUUGAAAGGCUCAUAUUUACUCUGAUCGACAAACUUGAAAUCCAUGUAUGAAAUCUCUGUCCCAUGUAAAUGUUACAAGAAGUCUGGAGCCAGUACUGCGUGUUACUGAGUGGAUUUUGCACAGUGUUGCAAAUCUGAGCGUUUUUAUAGCGGAUGAUCACAUAUGUGAUCAUUAAAUGAUGAAAGUGGUUUAUAAAUGGGCCACUUUGACAAAAGCUGAAUUCUAUUCAGCCGCAUGACACGACAUUAAAGAAAACCAUUUAUCACUGUCUGCAUCUACCUAGAGGAGUGUUGGCUUGGUAACUCCCCUCCUGUAGUUCUUCACUGGAUCUCUUACAACAGCCUUCGUAAAAAAGAUUUUAAAAAUAGAAAAAUUAUGCUUGGCUUUCCUUUUUCUGGUUUUUCUGCUUGCUUGCCUUUUCACAAACCGCUAUUAUGGCUAUUAGUUUUCUGAACUACAUUAUAUAAUUUGGUCUACCACGGCUACACUGCCAUACAGAUGCAUCAAACUAUGACAGCCAGUAGCAUGGUCGUCAUCCAUACUUAAUUUAAUUUUCAUUGAAAACAACACGACCUGGCUAUUGGCUACCUGCACAUUGAAGGUAAGAGUUGCCAAACUCCAAUCUUUUUCUUCAUAUGUGACUCAGUUUUGGCACUUGUACAGGUGUGACAGAGCUCAGUGGUUAACGUACUUGCCUAGUAAUCGGAAGGUUGCUAGUUCAAGCCCCACUAUGCCAAGGCCCUUGACCCUGAGUUACCCAUGUUGUAUUCAGUCAUAACUGUAAGUCCUUUUUGGAUAAAUGUGUCAGCUAGAUGCCAUAAAUGUAAAUAUGUAGUAUUGAGAUCUGCAACAUAUCCAAUUCAUGACAUGCAGCCGCUGUGGGAACAGUCAGAUUGGUUUUCCUGUGACUUUUACAUCAAUGUAUCUCAACAUUUGUCAUAACUUCACACUUGGCAGGAAAACAAUACAACAGACACAUCGAGAUAUUCCUCUCCUGUGAAGUAGCUGCUCUGAUUCCACAGAGAGAUGUCAUUAAAAUCUUCAGCCUUUAUGCCUCAUCACCCUCAUUAGAAUUUGUAGACAGUCUCAUCAAUAUGAGCGCUAGAUUAGUGUCUGAUUGUUUAAGUUUCAUCUGCAUGAGUGUGUCGUGUGAAGCACUGUUCCUUGGUGCACGUGGAUUAGCUCUGGUGCAAGAUCUAUUCAAUUUAAUGGAAGAUAUGGGCCAGAGUAGAAAUAUAUUGUGAAUGAGCAAAAUAAAUAAAUAAAAAAUCACAUUUUGUUAGUAAAUUGGAUUUAAGCCACUUUUACCUGCAGUGUGAACACAGCUUUUUAGGAAUAUCUGUGGAGCAGUGCACUUUUGUUCCAUGUUUGGCCUAAUGAUAUAUACAUACAAAACAAGGAAUUGUUGAAAUUAUGCAAAAUGUAAGUCAUGACUGUUGUAAUGUUAUAAUUGUUGUUCACAUUUAG